CCCAGUUACGUUACCGGACAGUUCAGUAGUGUGAAUCACUCAAAUACGCUCAUCGAGGGUAGGACUACGCCUUAGCUUUGCCAUCACCCUUCAAUCGUGAGAGGGUAUUUCACGUUUGCCAAGAAAAAUCUUAAAUCAACGCACACGAGCUUUCCGGUGAGCUCGAGAUUGCUGUCUUUGCCUUCGUUGUAAUUGGUUGUCCCGCGCGUUGCCGGUGCGCCACCAGCGCCUGGUCGCAGCAGUCUACACACACCGGCACUUUUCGAAAAGCUGCGACACCGUCGUUGGCCAAAUGUGUGACGUGGGCGUAGCAGCGUCGACACACGACGACGCCGCACUUGGCACAUCGCACCUUGUGGCUCCAUUUGAGCCAAGGAAACCGUUUCCGGCACUGGUGGCACUGGGACGCCCACAGAGGAGGGGCAUUACUGUUGUUGUUGGAAAGCAACAGCGGGGUGCCUUGGUUGAGCCGCACCUCGUGCACGUACCACCCGAGGUGGCCAAGCGUGGAUUGAAUGCGUUCGAUAGAUUCCGAGGUCGUGGCUCGCGCCAACAGCCGCCGCACGAUCCCAGACAUGUCGUCAGUACGAUAUUUAGGUAGCGAACGGUGGUCCAAGCUAUACGCGUCCACAAAUCCCGGUCGAGCGUCCGAUUCAAGCAACAUGACGCCGCUGCCGUGGUUCUGAACGCGGACAAAUCCUAACGUGUCGUGCAAGUCGGGACAUGACGCCAGCUUUACGGACUUGCGAGCGUGCACCCAUCCCUUGCGACGACGACUCAACCACGGAGAUCCGCUGCGCGCGGCGUCAGGAAGGACAUCCCUCGCCGGCCAGUCGAAGCGAUGGCUCACCUGUUGUGGCAACAAGA